AUGGCCACGCUACGGAACCACACGGGUAAUGAGAAUUCCGGCCAGGACUCGCCUUUGCAACGCAGGAAAAUGGGCAUUGAUAUGAAGAACAGCGGCCGCGCGCGUCGAGAGCAGCGGAGUGUGGCACUGCUCGGCACCAAGGUGCAGCCGCAUCAUUUUGCUCCCCUGCCGGGAAAUCUGGAACUAGCCCGCUUCUAUGUGGACCUGCACGCUCUGAUGGGCGCCUUAGACACCGAGGGCUCAGGGGCGGAAGUCCUUUGGUCCUGCGUGGCGCUCAUCCAGCACUGUAGUCGCAACCUGGAGGCUCGCCGGGCCAUUGUGGUCAAGUUCUGUUUUGUGCCGCUGCUGGGAAUGAUUCUGCGCCGCACCCAGCGGGCGGAACGUGUCCACCGGCUGCUGGUACUUCUGCAGGAUUUGACCUACGGCAUACAAAUCGACUGGGAGGAGCCCUACCUGGCAGCCCUGCUAGAGCACCUGGCAGAGAUAGUACACGGAGUAGAGGAUGGCUCUGACAACGGGAACGGCACCUCCUCCAGCAAGGCCGACGAGGAGGAGAACUCGCACGCCCUGCUAGCUCUUUCUAUUCUGGUUAACCUCUGCUACAAGAACUUUGCCGUGCUGUUCCUCUUCCAAAGGAUUGUAAACAUCUCUGGAUUCUGUCGCCGCAUCCAAAACUAUGGUCUACUGGCUUACAAAAUGCUAAUUAUCCUCUCGGAGGAGGUUCAUGCCUUUGAGCAGCGGGAACUCCACACCUUCCUCCGUACAGCCUUCGCCGGCAUGGAGGACUGUCUUAAGCACUGGAACGUGGCGCAGUUAAGGCACAUUGUGGACUUUUUGCUUGACUCCCAGUCCCACGCCGGCCUGCACAGGGCCAUGCUCUCGCACAGUCAUUACUGCGAGGAUGUGGAAAAGCUGUUGGAUGUAAGAUUAACAUUUUGA